AUGAGCAAUAACACCAACAAUAUUCUCGAUCAAUUUCCUCUCUCUCCCUUCUAUCAAGAUUCCCUCGCCUAUCCCUUUUCCGUCUUUCAAAAACUCUCUCAAAACCUCACCCUCAACCAAACCAUUCCGUACUCUCCCAUCUAUCUGGGAGGUAUCCUUACUUCUCGUGUUGAACUUCUCGACAAUACCUACAUCUCUCCCGUUUCAUGGACCUUGUUUGGAAUUUUUACGGUUUGGUUUUUUGUGUUAUUGGCGCUCGUGAUUUGGCGCCGAAAUUAUCAACCGGUUAAGGCGCGAGAUGUGUUUUUAAUGAUUGUGAGUUUGGUGGCCACGUUUUUUGUGAGUGUCAUGGUCACGUUUCGAUUCUCGUUUGGACGUUAUGACUUUCCGUGUUUUUUCUUUACCUUCUUGUUGAUUUUGGCAUAUCCUGGAUUGUUUUUGCCUUCCAUUUUGAGAUGUUGGAGAUUACUCUUCGUUUAUCUUCUCAGCAAACACAAACAAAAAUUCACAAGUAUUGUCGAACGAAGAGAUUCUGUUUUUAAGAAAUUAAUUCCACUCGCAACUGUUCCUAACCAUGAUUCCAACAAACAAGAAUCUUCAAAUAAUCCAGUCAUUGCUCAAUCGCCUUCUUUGGGACAAGUCGAUUCUGGAACUCCUCUCACUCCCAUGAGUGGUAGUGUCACAACUCCUGCUUCGAUCACUCCGCUCGGUCUUGGAAAUGAAACACCAACGUCAAAUGUCAUUGAGGAUGAUGACGAAGAUAAAAACACAACCAUUGCAAGUGAAAUGGACGGAAUCGACGAUGAUGACAUUAUCGAUUUGGACGAUGAAAAAGAAGCUGCUCAUUUCGAUAAAAAGAAGGUCAGACGAGUGUUGGACAUUUAUUCCAUUUUAGGAGGAAAGUUAGUCCUUUCUGGAAUUAUCAUUGGUGUCUAUGCCAUUCACUUGAUUGUGUUUUUAAUUUUAAUUUUAACCGAUUUGAAAUAUUACAAUACUCAUCCAUUUCUACAUGGUUGUCCAACAGGUGCCAGAGCUUAUGCAGUUUUUGCAUUGACUGCCUUUUAUGUCAUUAUUGCGUAUAUCAUGUUAUUCACAGUGACAUUUUUGGUGAAAGAAAAUUGGUUCAUUCGAAUUGAAGUGUUCAUUGUCAUGACGUUUUGGUUGGUCGAUGUGUUAAUUUUCUUAAUUUUUGGAGUGGUUGGAACGUAUUCGAGAUAUGCUGAACAUUCAUUCCCGGCAGGAUGGGUGAUUUUAUUUGCCAUUGUAUUCGAUAAUACGUGCUCGUGUUUGAUUCCAGUGAUUUUAUCAUUUUACACGUCGAGAUUUUCAUGGGCAGAUCCAACACAAACAGGUGCAGGAGGAGGAGACGAUUCACUUUCACACACAGAAAUUCGAGAAAUUUUGAGUGAUAAGAAGGCAAGACAAUUGUUUAAAAAGUUUGCCAUCGAGUCGUUUGUGCCUGAAGGAGUGUUGUUUUGGGAAGAUGCACUUGCAUUUAAGAGAAUUAAGGGUCGCGAGAAGAGGAAACGUUUUGCUCAAACCAUUGUAGAAAAGUAUGUGAAAUAUGGAGCCAAACUUGAACUCAAUUUACCGAAUCGAUCGGCUUGGGAGAAUGAAAUUUUGCAUCUCCUUGAAGGAAAGAGUGUACCUAAUAAUGUCUUCUUGAAAUUGGAAGCUCAUGUGGAACGAGACAUGCUCGAUAUUUUUGUAAGAUACAAGAGAACACAAGAAUAUAAGAAAUCCAAGAAUGAAAUUGAAAACAAGAAGAAGGAAGCAGAAGCUCAAAAGCAAAUGGGUAUGAGAUAG